AUGCAAGAGACUACACCAACCUCCACGUCAGACAGGAAUAACCGUAUACCAUCAUUCUCAUCAACCUCGCCUCACACUACCCUUCCAAUAAUAUCGUCAAUACCAACAGAAGUAACUACAAGAGCCAUUGACUUUUACUUUCGCCAUAUUCAUCGGCAACCUCUUUGGCUUUUUGGCGAGCGCCCUCUACUACCUUCCGAUACAUCCGAGGAACUGAUCUAUGCCAUGUUGGCUCUAAGUAUGACUUACAACACGGAGGAUAUGCCCAUGGAUAACCUUCAAAGUCCCGACUCUUAUAACAAAAUUGCGCGGAGAGGUGUCAUGCUCAAGAUUGCGGAGGGCAGAGUGACUAUUAGGUGUGCCCAGGCGCUGUGUCUACUAGCUUAUUACAACUUUAUCUUGGGCAAUAUACCCAUGGCUGGCUUCGACAUAGCAACGGUUCAGAACAUGAUCCAGCUUCUCCCCGGUAGUGAGCGCAACCCAAGUAGCUCAGCAGUCUCACAAGAUAAAUCCCGACUAUUUUGGAGUAUUCAGUGCCUAAGCUCUUCCUGCGGCAGGCCAGUCCUAUUGCCUUCCAUACCAACUAGUAUCGACGCACCUCAAAUGCUCACGGUCGAGACCCGAGAUUCUCUAGGAACCUGCAUUCCAGCUCCAAAAGCCACAGAAUCUGGUUUAAGAGAGACUCUCGUUGACGUUUGGUCCCAGUCCCUAAAGAUUUGCGAGCUAUGGGGUGACGUUAGACUCUACGUCGCCAAAUGCUUCGAAGGCUUAGCCAGACGUCCUUGGCAUCCGGAUUCCGACUACACCAGACUUUGUUCGCGGCUGCUAGAGAUUGAAAUGAUCUGGCCGAUCUCCCUGAGCUAUAACGCAACAAAGUUCCCAGAGCUUUCUCCCCUAGAGGUAGAGAAUAACCGGAUGGAUUGGUUACCAUGGCUAAGGGUUCAGAUGACCUACCAUACCAUUCACUGUGUCCUCAAUCACCCAUCUCUGUAUACAGUAAUGGCUGAAACACCAAAGAGUAGACUUGGAGGCGACUCGUUCUGGAGAGCAUCGUACCUGAAGGCUUUGAGGCACUGCACUUGGGUCUCGAGGUUGAUUCGAACAGCGGAGGAGAAGAAUCUUCGACUGGCCGAUCCUUUCUUUGCUCAAGCCGCUGCCAUCGCCAGUACAUUGCAUCUAUACUGGACUAGAACCAAUGAUAGUCAGCUGCAGGCAUCUUCUGUGAGAAAUCUGGAGGUUUGCCGGAAUCUUGUGCGAGAGAUGGCAACAUGUUGGCCAGUAUGCAAGACAAUUGAACAUACUCUGGAUCAGUUCAUCGAGUCAACUGAUCGCUCAACCCAGAUGGCGACAGACAAAUCAUCACCAGCCGUCGUCAGAACAUCUCUCAUUUGGGUCUUACUGGACGUGGCGGCACCUCAAUUCCCCAACUACCAUGAUCAAAGCGUUCACGGCCGAGACGUUUGGGGUGGUCAUGCAGCUACCCAAGACGAAGAUGGUCUACCAAGGUCCGAGACGAGUUCACCGCCAACAGACAUGCGAGAGUCAACAGCUCAAUACGCGUCACCUCCAGCUUGGGUAUCUGAGAGGACAGACACGAACCCACAAGAGACAGUAGAGAAUGGAACUCGAGGUUUGAACCUCUAA